AUGUCUACUAAAUGGACUAGUAAUCAAAGUGAAACUGGCAUUUUACGUAAAAGUGAACCUAAAGAGAAGAAAGAAGAGUUAUUCGUGUUCGGCUAUUCGUGCAAACUCUUCAGGGAUGAUGAUAAAGCCCUGCACAUUGAUCAAGGCAAACACCUCAUUCCGUGGAUGGGGGAAGAAACGUUGAAAAUCGACAGGUAUGAUGCAAGAGGCGCUCUUCAUGAUCUCUCAGCAUUGGAAGCCCCACCAGGGGGCUUCGACUGGCGAGUGGAGCUCACGAGAGCUGAGCUGGAUGUGGAACAACUCUGUGAUGAAGAGAGGUAUCGGGCUCUUCAUACUGAUGAAGAUGAGGAAGAAAUGUAUAAAGAGGAAGAAUUAAAACGUCUUCAUGCAGCUGGCUAUGGUCAAGUGGGUUUCAACUAUGAUACACCUGCUGAGUCUACACCUGAGGCUCAAGUAGUCGAAGUUGAAGAACCUUUUGAACCAACUCCAGCAUUUAAAGCUCUUUUACCUAUACAAACAGUUUUUCCUGACAGUCAAAAGCAAAAUGCUAUAAUAGAAAAAACAGCAAAAUUCAUAGCAUCGCAAGGUGUUCAAAUGGAGAUCCUCAUAAAAGCAAAGCAAGGAGAGAAUCCACAGUUUAAAUUUUUAAAUAAAGAUUCACCACUGAACCCAUAUUAUACAGCAUUAAUAGGACUUGUUAAAGCAGGCAAAUGGCCCGAGAAGACUGAAGUUGUUGAAGAAAAACAAGAAGUCAAUGAUGAAUACCUUCAUCCAAGCUUAGCAUCAACAGUAAUAGAAUCGGCUCCAUCCAUCCCAAGUAUCCACUACAAACCAUCAGCCGACUGUGACUAUACAUUACUUAUAUCUAAAAUGAGGGGGGAAACCACAUUGGACGAAACAUAUUCACCAGAACUAGCACCAGGCGAAGUGGCUCCGCCGGGAACUGAACCUCUACCACCUCGAGUCCACGCCGAGAUAUCUAGGGCUCCUGUUAUGUACAAUAGACCAGAUUAUCAAGCUCCGCCCAAUCCGAUACAGCAACAAUACGCGGCGUACUACCACCAGUACAUGGCGCAGCAGGCGCAGCAGCCGCCGCCAGCGCAGCCCCCGGCUCAUCAGCCCCCAGUGCAGCCCGUCCCGACGCGGAGCACCAUAGUUACCCCAAGCAAGUCCACUGGCCUCAGUCUCAUGAAGAAUUACAAUACGGACAGUGAUAGUGAUGAUUCUGACUUUGAUGACUCCUCAUCGUCAGACAGCAAAGACAAACCAAUAAUAAUCACUCCACCUGAAGAUAUUAAAAUAGUGAUCGACAAAAUGGCGGCCUAUGUCGCACGAAAUGGCGAUGAAUUUGAAGAAAUCGUGCGUGCGAAAAAUGAUCCGCGAUUCACUUUCUUAGAACCAAAUAACUUAUAUCAUACAUUUUAUAAGAAAUUGAUGCAAGAGAAACGAGGAAUCGAUGUCAAUGGGAAAGAAAGGAGUAAAGGAAAAAGACAUGAUAAGGUGCCAGUAUCAUUCUCAAUAAAGAAACAUAAAGAGCCCGACCCGAUUCUACCGAAACCAGCAUUGCCAUACGAAUCUAGCUCCGACGACGAAAAAGGGAACAAAGAUGCAGAAAAACAAGAAGAAUCACCUAAACAACUUCCAAAAACAAACAUUCCACAGAUAUACACUACUAUUAACAAUAUCAUACCUCCAGUGGUUGUUUACAAAAUGGAGGCUGCACAAAUAAACAAUCUACCUGUUAUUAAAACAAUAGAGCCGAUGAAAGUGAAUAGUGUACCAAAACCACUUGUGCUCACUGAAAUCAAAGAACCAGUGAUAAAGGAGAUUCAAAUAAAAGAGCAGCCGAAAAUCGAGGACAAACCAUUGUUUAUAUCUGAGAAAAUUGUACAACCAAUCAUAGAAAUCAAAAAAGAUAAAACUCCAGAAAAAAGAGAAAGAGAAAGAAGCAAAGAAAGAGAAAGGAGAAGUCCAAGUAGAGAUAAGAGGAAACAUCGUGAUAGAAAGAAGGCAUAUCGAUCUGAACAUAAAUCGGAACAUAAAGAAAGAUUGGAGAGACAAAGUGUGGAGAAGGAGAGAGAUAGAAAGAGACACAAAGAUAUUGAGAGAGAUAGGAAACGAAAGUAUAAAGAUGAUUUGGAAAGUGAAAUAAUAUCAUUAGAAGAUAAUUCAGCUGAUAUGAUAGAUUUGACAGGCGAGCAGUCAGAUUCCAAAGUGGAAGUCGAGUCGGAGGCGGAGCGCGCCAAGCAGCAGGCGCGGCGUGCGCGCGCGGCCGCCUUCCUGCGGCGCGCCGGCGUGGACCCCGCCGCCGCCGCGCUGCCCGCCACCUCGCUCGCCAGCGCCAUGGUCGACACGUUAGAGUCUCUGCGAAAGAAGAAAAGUGAUGAGGAAAAGAGACUGAGACGAGACAAACGGCGGCGACGGGAUAGGAAAGAUCACGACGAUGAAUCUGACAAGCCAAAAAAAGGAAAGCGCAAGAAAAAUAGAUCCUCUGAUGAAGAAGACGCGGACUAUGAUGGUUCCAAGAAGAAAAAACGCAAGAAAGAUAAGAAGCACUCUUCAAAAAGCAAAAAGAAGAAACGACGUGAAGAAGAAGACGACAUGCAAACGAUCAAAAUUGAUCUCACUAACACGUUAAAAGAACUUCGAUCUAAUUCCCCAACAAAAGAACUGGGAUUGCACAAUGUAGAAGAAGUUCCUAGUAGCAAAGACUCUUCUGACGAAAGAAAGAAGAAGAAAGAAAGAGAGUAUAGUGAAGGAGAGUGGUCCAGUGAUAGUGACGAAGACUCACUCUCUAGUGAAGAUGAC